AUGGAUGAUGGAUCUGUUUGGCCACCUGCCUUCAACCCAUCCCUUUUCAAAUUGAAUGGAUGUUCAACCACUCCUCUUGUGGGAAGAAGAAAAACCUUCAAUGUUGGACCAGGACAAACUUACACUGAAUUGAACACAGUUCCAUGGUUGAGUUUGCAAGCAGGUGAUGUUGUCAAUAUUUUCUAUCGUUCCACACCUUACAAAACCUAUGUUGGUUUGAGAAGUGUUGGAAAUUCCACACAUCCAAUCACCAUCAAUGGAGUGACUGAUUCAAGUUGUCGAAGACCUGUCAUUUCUGGAGAUGGUGCUCUUCCUGCUGAUGAUGCAAAAGCCGCUCGAUUUGGAGACUAUCCUGGAGGUACCCUUGCUGGAUCAGGAAUUUUCAUGUUCUACAGAAAAUCUUCAGAUGAUUAUGAACAUUCUGCAGCUUUCUUCGCCUUUAAAAAUUUAGAAUUGAGAGAUGCUGUGUAUGGAAAGAGCUAUGUGACCUACGACGGCACAACUAGAACCUAUGAUUAUUUCACUGCUGCAAUCUAUGCUGUCCGUAUCAAGUAUUUGCUCGUUGAUAACUGUUACAUCCAUAGCAACGGAAUUGGAUUAUUUACCAACACCAGAGGUCAGUCAGAGAAUGACUAUUCUGCUUACACCUUUGUGAGAGGAUCCAAAUUGGAUAGAAAUGGGUAUUUCAACAGCGAGACUGAACAUAACCUUUAUACACAAGGAAGGAGGGUAUUAGUGGAAGGAUGUUAUAUUGGUCAAGCUCGUGAUGGUAGUUCACUUAAAGAUAGAAGCUCUGGAACAGUUAUUAGAUACAAUUUCGUUCAGGCAAGUGCUCGUGCCUUGGACUUGGUUGACUCAGAAGAGGAAACCUAUACACCUGUAAAAUCGGAUCCGUUGUACGAUUAUGCUUGGGUGUAUGGCAAUGUUAUUUUAAACGAUGAAAAUUCAGCAUAUGGUUAUGCAGGUCGACCAAUCCACUGGGGGUUCGAUAAAAUUGUGAGCAAUUCACGAAAAGGAAGUUUGUUCUUCUAUGGAAAUUCGUUUUUAUUCCGGACUAAAGAUGGAUAUUAUACUACAGUUUUCCAAAUGGGUCAAGACGGUGAGAUUCCAAGUACUUCCAACUUUACAAUUUUAUGCUGGGAUAACGUAUUCACCAAUCAACCAAGUUUCCAAAAACAAACCUAUUUAAGGCUUUUAGCAGACUCCGGACGGUUAACCUUGCAUGGUAUCAAUUAUAUUCAUUCUGUGUUCGACCAUUCCAGAAGAGAGAAUGCUGCUGGUAUUGUGAGCACGUCAAGCGAACAAGGAGCUGGAACGUUAUGGACUGGACCUUCGACUGUUUUGGAUGCCAUGACAUUUAAACCCAAUGCUGGAUCAGUUUUAAUUGGUGCAGGAAACUCAUUCAAACCAGAUUAUUCACAAAUUGAACAAGCCAAUCCAGAUUUCAAGAAGGAGAAUUUGGAAAGAGUUGCUGAAUAUUACACAGUUUCAGGUGGAAUUGCUGGAGCAAGAUUGAGACCCAAUUCUCUUGCUUUGAAUGUUGGAGCUAAAUAA